CUUCCGGACUUGCCUCUCCCACUUACUCCAGCCCAUGUCUCCGGGUUCCAUCUCUCCAGGCUCCUAAAUCCAUCAUAUAAACGCCUGAGUGAGGGCGUCUGUCAUUGGGGACAAUCGACAUUCCAACUGCUCAGACAGUAUUGGCCUCCCCUGACGCUUUAACCCCGUUAACCCCGGAUAUACAUAACUGCCUUGCCCACCCGGUCUAAGUUCUAGGUUGCCGCCAGCUCAAGGACCCGCUGCCACAUUGCUUCCACUCGGUCGGUGGCCAUGCGACUGAAUCCUCGGACACCGUAGACAUCUCAUAAAGAUGGGCCGAACCAAGCCUAACCUCCGGAUGCCGUCUCUCAUUGCAACCGGUCAUAAGUCAGCUGCACCUGAUGAAAUCGACCAUGCCAAGACUUUGAUUGAUUAUCUUGAGUCCCUUCCGGAUACACCACCGAGUGAUGAAUCCACCGAUGAGAUUCCUGGACCACCUGCUAAACGUGCGAGGACUGGCCAUGGACUUGGUACCAUACCGAUAGUGUCCCAUGAGCUCUCAUUUGAAACUCGCUCUGCAACUUCAUUACCUCAGUCAACUCAUGUUUACCGUCGUGGGGUCGGCAAACACUUGAACGUUUGGCACUCCAUCAGGGGGGCGAACUCAGCAGGUCCACCAGGGCCAAAUAAUCAGCUGAAGAUAUCCCCGAAACCCCGGCCCAAAUCGCAUCCAUUCUGUGUGUGUCAUACACUGGAUGUGGCCCAAAUGCCAAAGACACUUAUCACAGCUCUUCACGUUGCGAAACUUCAAGGCUCGGAUCCGGAAAGUGAAGGCUGCUUGUGGGCAUCCAUUGAUAUUGAUGCUCGGCAAGAUGGUGCACAGAUUCAUGUCAAGUUGACAAUCAAUGUUUACUGGAACGAAAGCCGGAGUGUCUCCGUUGAAUCUCGAAAGAGGCCCCAGCAGGUUUUGAGGGAUGACGUUCUCGAGACCUGCUUCCCUGGCUUGAAUUAUAACCCGAAAAAGAGGAUCCCAGACUGGACACCGAAGGACUUCUAUGAUGCAUCUCAUGUUCCUGACAACGACAAAUUCGACCCAGGCCUGCUGCGUGCAGAGAUCCCGAACCUCAUUGCUGAGCUCUUCCCCUUCCAGAGAAGGUCUAUCAACUGGCUGUUGAACCGAGAAGGUGUCUCAUGGGCCAAGGCUGUUGGCAGCGACGAAUCCCACAUCCAGCCACUUGACCUCGAGCAGUCAUCAGCGGACGAGCCCAUCUCGUUUAUUGCAGCUCAAGACGCGCUCGGCAAGCCAUUCUACAUUAGUCCCCUCUUUGGCGUUGUCGCAAGAGAUCCUUCUCGUUACCUGCCACUUCAGAACAUCAAGGGUGGCAUUCUCGCCGAAGAGAUGGGUCUUGGCAAGACAUUGGAGAUCAUCGGACUGCUUCUUCUCCACCACCGCCCCGACGAUCCCCCUCUGGUUUUUGACCCCUUUCUUGGACAACAGCUGCGCCCGACAGGGGCCACAUUGAUAAUCACGCCGCAGCCGCUGUUAGACCAGUGGCGGACCGAACUCGCUCGCCACGCACCGCACCUGAACGUCAUGUACUACCCUGGAUUAAGAGCGUCGACCGCCAAAGACAAGCAGAGCGAGGCAGAUCUAGUCGAUGAGCUCGGGAGCCAAGACGUGGUUUUAACCACUUACGACGCCUUACGGCCAGAGAUCCACAUGGCAAUAGAUCCCCCAGCCCGAUCCAUGAGGGGAGAGAGGAAAUACGAGAGACUAAAGUCGCCAUUGGUCCAACUCUCCUGGUGGCGUGUCUGUAUCGACGAGGCGCAGAUGAUGGAGAACUGGACUACCAAUACGGCUGUCCUGGCUAGACUGAUACCUCGUGUAAAUGUCUGGGCUAUCACCGGCACUCCUGUGAAGGAUGACAUACAGCAAGAUCUACGUGGCCUCCUGACCUUCCUCCGCUUCGAGCCUUAUGCAUCGGAUACUAAAAUAUGGAAUUCCCUGUUCAGCCUCGACAAGGAAACUUUCCACAGAGUUUUCAACCUCAUCUCCCUGCGACACACCAAGGGUCUAGUUAGGAAUGAAAUCGCACUCCCGCCCCAGAAACGAUACGUUAUCACAAUGCCCUUCUCUGCGGUGGAGGAGCAACAUUACCAGAGCCUGUUCAAGGACCUGGCCAAAGCUUGUGGCCUGGACACUCGCGGUAAUCCCAUCCAAGAAGGCUGGGAUUCUGACCACCCCGCCAUCCAGGAGACAAUGCGGAUGGCCCUGGAUCGCCUACGCCAGACGGCCUUACACCCGGAAGUCGGUGCGCACAAUCGGCGGGCACUAGGCCACCGAGCAGGCCCCAUGCGGACGGUGUCAGAAGUCCUCGAUGCGAUGCUAGAGCAGAGCGAGUCGGCUAUUCGGACCGACCAGCGUUCGCUUCUUAACACCAGACUGACGAGAGGCCAGAUUCUUGCCAGCUUGGGCAGGGUGAAAGAUGCCCUCGCCGUCUGGGAGGAUGUCCUGAAGAGCAGCACUACGCUAGUUGCUGACUGCAAAGCCCAGCUGGAGCAAGAGGUCAACCAGGCUUGGAAUCAAGGGGCCGACCCUUCAGAAACGGACACGGAAGAUGACGACGAUGAAGGAGGUGUUCAGGGCCAGCUCAGCGAGGCUCGACGCCGCCUUCGGUACGCGCUCGAAAUUCAGCAUAAGGCUGUUUUCUUUUGUGCGAAUGCUUAUUACACCAUCAAGUCAGACCAGGACAUGACAGCGCCCGAGUCGGACGAGUUCAACCGUCUAGAGAAGAAGGAGACUGAGAGCUAUGAUUUUGCCAAGCUGAUACGCAAAGAAAUCUUGCAGGACACUCAUAGCAGAGCGAAGCGACUGAUGGACCGAAUAGCCAGCGCUGCAUCUCAGCAGGCUUUUGCUGUCAUCCCCGAGUUCAAAUCUAUCGACCAAAAAGGCAUUGAGAGCCGAACGAUUGUCGAUGCCUUCGACAACCUCUGCGAGGCGUUGGACGCGCAGGCUAACCAACUCGACGAAUGGCGUGAGCAUGUCAUCCAGCUCCUUCUUAAGCCGCUGGUGGACGAGGAGGGUGAAGAGAUCACUGGCGAAGAAUACGACGAGUCUACCAAACUUCAAGAUGAGAUUGAAGUCUAUGUCCGGGUGCUCAGGACUGCAGUUGCUGAUCGUCAAGAUGCGUUAUCCGGACAAAAGAACAACCUCGUCGACCUUGACUACAAUGUCGCCAUCCGGCAGGCUGAGGAAGGCGAGGGCCCUUUCCCUGAAAAGCUGCUCGAGCUCUUCAAAAUCCGCGAUUCCCUCAAGCCUCAGUCCAUCCCCGGCGACGCCCUUGGGUCACUGCGUGGCAUAGUGUCGGCUCUUCGUACUUUGUCUGUCAAGUUACGACACGACGCCGCUUCUGGCAGCCAGCGGGCUAGCGUAGAACUCGGCAUCGUCACAAACCAGCUGCAACUGACACAAAGGCAGAUGACGGAGCAAAUUAAAGUCACUGGUGCGAUAGGGCAGGAGAUCCAGCGAUGUUCGGACACAAUGAACGCUCGCCUUGAAUUCUACCGCCAACUGCAAGCUGUUUCCGACAUGGUCGCCGAUUACGAAGGGGACAAGACAGACAACUCUCUAGAGACUCUCUCGAGGCAAGAGGAUGCUGCUCGGCGAGCGCUUGAGAGCGCCGAGUCCAAGCACCGAUAUCUCUUACACCUCAGAGAUGCCGAUUCCGGAGGAGAGGAACAACGACUCUGCAUCAUCUGUCAAUCAACCUUCUCGAUCGGAGUGCUAACAAUUUGCGGGCAUCAGUUCUGCAAGGAGUGCAUAAGUCUUUGGUUCCGAGCCCACCACAACUGCCCCGUUUGCAAGAGGAAACUGAGUCAUGCGAACCUGCAUGAUAUCACGUUGAAGCCCAAAGAACUGAAAAUCCAUUCGGAUACUUCUGGACUUUCCAGGGCGGGCGUCCAUUCUACAGACACGUCCCCAUCGAAAAAGACCAGCAUCUAUACCGAGUUCAGCGCGGAGAAGCUAGCAGAGAUCAAUAAUAUCGACCUUGAGGGGCCAAAUUUCACCACCAAGGUCGACACACUUGUUCGUCAUCUGCUCUGGCUAAGAGACUCCGAUCCAGGGGCCAAGUCCAUUGUCUUUUCUCAGUACAAGGACUUCCUGGAUGUCUUGGCACUGGCUUUCCAGCGCCACGGCAUUGGGUACACAGCAUUCGAUAAGGCCAAUGGUAUCUCGAGUUUCAAGGAGGAUCCAGGAGUGGAGGUCUUCCUGCUCCAUGCGCGGGCCCAUUCGAGCGGCCUCAAUCUAGUCAAUGCCAGCCAUGUCUUCCUGUGCGAGCCGCUGCUCAACACGGCACUGGAGCUUCAGGCCAUCGCCCGUGUCGACAGGAUUGGCCAGGAACACGAGACCACCGUCUGGCUGUACAUUGUCGACGGCACGGUCGAGGAGUCCAUUUAUAACCUCUCGGUGCAGAGGAGGAUGGAACAUAUAGGCCAGAGCCUUAAGGGGAAGUCAAAGGAGUCGACGCCCGAAUUGAUCGAUGCGAGGCUCGAAGUGGCGAAUUCUCUUGAGCUCGAGCAGGCACAUCUCUCGAAGCUCAUGGGAAAGGGCGGGAUAUCGGGUGAGGCGGUGGACAAGAGUGAUCUGUGGACAUGCCUCUUUGGCCACGUCAAGCCAGGGGGCCAGGACGACGAACAGAUCCGGGACAACCCUGCCGUCCGUGGGUUUCUGGCUGCCGAAGCCGCGGAGGGAAGGAGGGACGGCCUGGAAGGGAACGCAUCAUGUAUGAUUUUGUAAUGAGAACCUGGCGUCACUCUAUAAAUAGGAAAUGGAGGAUAUGGACGGAGGGAUAUGAAAAGGGGGAAUUGGUUUUACGAUUGUACUUUUUACACACAAGUCUAUAAAGGGGUUCCUGGGGGAC